UGCUGGUCCUAAUGCUGACGUGGGGGACUCUGUGUCAGACUGAGCACUGAAUACGGAAUAUAUAACAUCCAUUCAUCAUCUGGCUGUCAUCUGCCUUCUGUUUGUUGGUUCAUUUUGUCCUGUCUUGUCUUCUAGUAUCGUCUCAUCUCAUCUCUGCUUUUUUUUUUUUCUUUCGUGAAUUAGAUCAAAAUAUUAAUAAUAAUAAGCUUUCUCCGGUUUCUUUCUUUUCUUCCAUGAAUCUUUGAGGGUUUUUUUUUUGUAUGAUAUUUCUGAGACCCAAAUGGCGAUUGAAGAUGACGCUGAGAGCUGCGGGAGUAGAGCUGUGGACUCGCUUGUCCAUGUGAAUCCUCGACAUCACAGGCAAAAGCUUGACGUUUUCCACCAGGUGCUUAACCGUAUCCGUCACUCUAAUUAUGCCGAAGCUAAUCUGCCUGGCUUUGAUAAUCACCUCUGGCUUCAUUUCAAUCGACUUCCUGCUCGAUAUGCAUUAGACGUGAAUGUGGAGCGGGCAGAAGAUGUGCUCACACAUAAAAGAUUACUGCAUUUGGCAGAAGACCCCGCUAAUCGUCCUGUUUUUGAAGUUCGUAUGGUUCAGGUCUAUCCUGUCUUCCCCGCACAAUCUAUUGACUCAGUUCAUUCUGAUUCUUCUAUGCAAGAAGAUGCACAAAGUGCUUAUCAUUCAUAUAGACAGGGCAUCCACCCACCUCCUACAUUUGGUUCGUCUUCUAAUCUUGAAGCUCUUGCUCUUCAAGCAAGAAUCUAUCAUGUUGAAGAUGGAGGAAGUGCUGUCAAUUCAACCUCAGGUCCUUUCCGGCCCAUGCACGAGAUCACCUUUUCAACAGUUGACCGUCCAAAACUCCUUAGUCAGCUUACUUCUUUACUUGCGGAGAUUGGAUUGAACAUUCAAGAAGCUCAUGCUUUUUCCACUACAGAUGGGUACUCUUUGGAUGUUUUUGUCGUUGAUGGUUGGCCUUCUGAGGAAAUUGAGGAGCUCAAAAAUGCAUUGGAGAAGGAAAUUUCGAAGUCGAAGCUGCAGGAACAAUCUUAUUCUAGAAAGAGUUCAGUUAUGACUGAGCAUGUCAAAGAAAGGGUUGUCUCCUUACCUAGUUGUGUUGAAAUCCCUACUGAUGGAACUGAUUUAUGGGAAAUUGAUGCCAGGCAGCUCAAAAUAGAAAACAGGAUUGCAUCUGGGUCAUAUGCUGAUCUGUAUAGAGGCACGUAUUGUAGUCAAGAAGUGGCUAUUAAAGUCCUCAAGCCUGAGCAGAUCACAAGAGAAAUGCUGAGAGAGUUUAGUCAGGAAGUUUAUAUUAUGAGGAAAAUUCGGCAUAAGAAUGUUGUUCAAUUAAUUGGCGCAUGUACAAGAUCUCCAAAUCUGUGCAUUGUGACUGAGUUCAUGGCCAGAGGUAGCAUAUAUGACUAUCUGCAUAAGCAAAGGGGAGUGUUUAAAUUGCCAUCUUUACUCAAAGUAGCCCUUGAUGUUUCCAAGGGAAUGAACUAUUUGCAUCAAAACAACAUCAUCCACAGGGACUUGAAAACUGCCAAUCUUCUGAUGGAUGAAAAUCAAGUUGUUAAAGUUGCUGAUUUUGGAGUUGCUAGAGUGCAGUCUCAAUCAGGAGUGAUGACAGCUGAAACUGGAACAUACCGCUGGAUGGCCCCUGAGGUUAUUGAGCACAAACCAUACGAUCACAAGGCAGAUGUUUUUAGCUUUGGAAUAUCACUCUGGGAGAUACUGACAGGAGAACUCCCAUAUGGUCUCCUAACUCCAUUACAGGCAGCCGUUGCAGUGGUGCAAAAGAAUCUACGCCCGACAAUCCCCAAGCAUACUCACCCAAGACUAAGGGAACUGCUUGAGAGAUGCUGGCUGCAGGACCCAAGCCAAAGACCUAACUUUUCUGAAAUUAUAGAUAUCCUUAAACAAAUAGCUAAAGAGGUAAAGGUAUUAAUGGGAAACUAGGAACUGUAAUUAGUGGAGUCAAAGAAAACAAUUCUAAGCGUGGUAGUUACCUUUGAAAUAGGUUGCAGAUGAGGGGGAAGAUGGGCGCAACAUCAAGUCUUCUGAUGCUUUCUUCUCCGCCGUGAAGAGGAGGAUGCUGUGAACUACACGUGUUGUCUCACAGCAUGCAUACAUGCAUUGUUUUUUUUAUUUCUUUCUUUUGUUUUUUUUUUUUUUUUUUGGGUUGGGGGAUGUACAGCAUUAUGCAUGAUGAGAGGGAUUAUCCAGUUCUUGUAACUCUUGUUACCGUUUCCUUCAAAUCCGUUUUUAAGUGUUACAAUUGCUAUCUCCCCCCUUGUUUCCUCUCUCUCUCUCUUAUAGAAGGUUUUCUUAUAAGGGAAAUGGAUAAGGAUGAUUCAAGAAUUAAUCCGAAAACCGAAUUUGAUAUUAA